CGUCUCCCGUUCCCUUUCUAUUCAUAGAUCCCGAUACCCCUGUGAAGAGAAGAUAUCACGAGCACGACUCCCGCAGCCUUCUCUUCUCCGACUCUUUAGCACAGUGACCUAUGUAUUGCCAUGGAAGUCCACGUCCGAAAUGUGCCGGAACAAGGGACUGAGAAGGGACUGAGGAACUUUUUGAAGCCCCAUUUGGCAAAGCUUUCGAUCCGGAACGUCCAUUGCCAAAAGCAACGAGGAAAGCGAUUCGCAUCGUUGACCUUCCUUAAUAUCGAGGAUGGAGAACGAUUCUUAGCCCACCAUGGUCAGAUUAAGAGGCCUCCAUAUCAAGGCAAGAACUUCUCCGCCCGUGCCGCUCUCUCCACCGUCACCAACAUCCCCAACAACCGCACUCGCGUGAGCACGGCGAGCAAUUCUACCUCUGCGGUCAAUCUCGUAUUUCUAAACCAAACCAUCUACUGCGAGAAGAGCAAUCGAGAAGCCAACAAAUACCUGCUUCGAGUGCUUGAGAAGGAGGAGAGAGACCGACAGCAAGUCAGAGUCACAGAUGUUCCUGCUACUCCGCAUGACCCCCAGCCCCGAAUCACUAAAUUUGUACCAAUCACUUUCCAUUGCUCCUCUGCCUCCUGUGGCGUUUGGACCUAUGCAAAGGCAGACCUUGUCUACGCACCGCAAGUGAGAUGGCCGGCGGUAAAUGGAGUUGUUAAAUUUGGAGAGAGAACCUUGAUUCUAACGUUUCGAUCCGGUCAACGCAUUGAGUUUCAUUACUCUGGCAUUUCAAAUAUUACAAUGGAGACUGGAUCUGUCUCUUCGUUUAUCAUUUCUAUGAUUCAGCCUCCACAAUUCUUUGAAUCAAUCACUGAUCCACUUACGCAACUGAUGGAACAACUUAACCUUCAACCACCAAACUUACCCCAGAAGAGGAACGGUCCGGACAGACACAGGCUUUCUUCCCUAGGCGGAGAACAUGAACCAAUUUCGGGAAUCUGCUACGUUUACCGGAUUGUACUAGCAGAAACGGACAGUUAUGAACUGGAAGAUCGUAUGCAUAAUCUACGAAAGGCGCAUGGACUGCCCUUUAUUAUACACCGACGUACAGAAAUCUUUUACCAGUUAGAACCUCUUGCAACUGGAUUUGCGAAACUCCAAGACACUCUUUCCAGUUUGAAGAUUGGAUUUCCAUUCGAGCUGAAGUUUCAAAUUCAGAAGUUGGUACAGAAUAACUACCUCCUUCCAUCGGUUGUGAUAGGCUUGUUGCCCGAGAUCACUAGGAUGACAGAGCGGUCACCCAUCUCUGUGUGCAUUAGUGCCAUCAGGAAAUUGUUUAUGCAAAUUCCUUUCCCUGGAACCGAUAUUGAAGCAGAACAAUUUCAACUCGAGUCAAUUGUCGAUCUUCUCCGAGACAACGAGAACUACUAUAAUACGGAAGGAGUUUCUCUAGACGAAAUUGGAACCAAAGAAAGGUCAGAAAAUGUUGCAAUCAUUCAUAGGGUUAAAAUCACUCCAUCGGGUACUUUAUUGUACGGACCAGAGCCUGAAAACAAUAACCGUGUUCUUCGAAAGUAUCCUCACCAUCAUGAUUACUUUCUUCGAGUUCAAUUCUGCGAUGAGGAUGGGCAAUCUGUUCGAUUCAGCUCCCGUGUUUCGCUUGAUAGAAUUUUCAAUGGUCGAUUCAAGAAGGUACUCAGGGAUGGUAUCAAGAUUGCAGAUAGAAUUUAUACUUUCCUUGGAUUCUCUCAUUCUUCACUCAGAGCCCAGACAUGUUGGUUCAUGGCGCCCUUUUUCUACGAAAACAGCCUUAUGAUUGGUCAAAUGCUCAUCCACGACCUUGGAGACUUCUCUACCAUCCGCUCUCCCGCCAAGUGCGCUGCCAGAAUUGGACAAACAUUCUCGGACACGCCAAUAGCAGUGCCAAUCGAUCCAAAAGUGGUUGUGGAGGUGAACGACGUAGAAAAAAAUGGCAGAGUCUUUAGUGACGGUGUAGGAACGAUGUCUACGUCUGUCAUGCAGGCUAUCUGGAGCAAGCUGUCUAAGGGGGGUGGGAAGCCUACCUGCUUUCAAAUCAGAUAUGCGGGAGCCAAGGGUAUGAUAUCCUUGGAUAGCCGGCUCCAAAGCGACGCUCUCGUACUUCGCCCUUCAAUGAUCAAAUUCGAUGGCUCGAACAAGACCGAUAUCGAGAUUUGCGAAGGAGCAUGGAAACCACUUCCAUUGUAUCUCAAUAGGCAGUUUAUAAAAAUAUUGGAGGAUAUGGGUACAGAGGAUAGUUUUUUCCUCGACCUCCAGGCCAGAGAAGUUGAAAGACUGCGACUGGUUACUGAAAGCCCCUUCAAUGCGUCCACGUUCUUGAAACGACAAUCGGUCGGAGAAGUAAUUCAUCUUCCUUGGCUUAUCAACAAGCUUUCCUCCCUUAAUCUCAAUUUUCGACUCGAUGGUUUCCUUCGUGACGUCCUGGAGAUGGCCUUGCUUGUAGAGCUCCGUCUUCUCAAACACAAAACGAGAAUUCCCGUUCCUGAGGGUUGGCAUCUUCAUGGUAUAAUGGAUGAAACUGGGUUCCUUGAAGAAGGACAAAUAAUUUGUAUAAUCAAAGAUGAGUCAGGGGCAAAGAAGGUAUUCGCUGGCAAGGACUUUAUAAUUUCCAGAGCCCCCGCCCUUCAUCCUGGGGAUGUUCAAGUGGUAGACGCGGUUAUACCUCCAAAAGGAUCACCCCUCAGAAAUCUCCACAACUGCAUAAUCUUCAGCCAAAAGGGUUAUCGAGACCUACCCAGUCAAUUGAGCGGUGGUGACCUCGAUGGUGACCGUUACUACCUCAUAUGGGAUAAAAAGGCCAGGCCGAAACGAGUCUUCAGCCCUGCUGAUUAUCCUAGAUUAGAUCCUAUUGACAUAGGACGCCCGAUAACCACAGAGGACAUGACAGAUUUCUUCAUCCAAUUCAUGGAGACCGAUCAGCUUGGACGAAUUGCCGUCCUUCAUCGAAUUCUGGCUGAUCAGAAGGAACUCGGUACAUUGGACCCAGAUUGUAUCACGCUUGCAGAAAUGCACUCCACAGCCGUUGAUUUCUCUAAGACUGGAAUACCGGUUGAUAUGUCCAAACUCCCCAAAUACGUCCGUUGGCGUCCUGAUUUCGAAGCUCCCGGCCCCCACGUAACGAUUGAGAAGAAGGAAGGUAUUUCAAUGGAACGGACGCUACCCCGGGACCCGGAUGACGACGACGAUGACGAGGACUUCCAGCGCUAUCGGUAUUACGAGAGCGAUAAUAUCCUAGGCAAGCUAUACCGAGCAAUCGAUGAGCGCGAGAUCUUCGCCGAGAUCCAGGAACGCUCCCGCGCCGACGGCAGGAGCCAGAACUCAACCGUCAUGUACGCAGUAUGGGAACACGUCCAGCGCCGCUGCCGACUAAUCCAAUGGGAACACAAGAAGGAAUGGGCCCGAGGAAUCCGCGACAUGUACGAAGAAUGCCUCCUCAACAUCAUGACCGAAUACAGCGAGCACCCGCUCCGGCCCCUCACCGAGCUCGAAGCCUUCAUCGGCAACAUCCUCGGGCGAACCGGCGCCCAGACCAAGCACCAGCGCGAGCUCUCCACCAGCCUGAAGGAGCAGUUCGACGUCGACGCCGCCUACUUUGUGAACUGCAUCGUGCGGGAUGGCGCUGAUUACUCGGAUGAGGCCCUGGAGCGCAGUAUGGCCUGUCUUGCUGUGUCGCUGGAAGAUGACGCGCUGGCUGUGGCGAGGGGUAGCAGGGAACGGCUGCAGAGCUUUAAAUACCUCGCGGCGGCGGUGUGUCUGCGCGAGGUUGAGAGGUUGCCGGGAUGAUUCUGUGAUACUCUCUCUUCCUUCCUUGCCUUCUUUCUUUCUUCCUUUGCUUACGAAUUUGCUCCGGUGGUUGAUGAUAUCAUCUCUUGCGUGCUGAAGCAGUAUUUCUCGCUGAUUGAUAUCCAUGGGCUGUAUACAACCCUUACGUUACUUGCCUGCUUGCUUGCUAUGAUAACGAAUUCCCUUUUUAAAUUAUCGCCAUAUUUAGAGAAAACUAUCCGGUGAACAAUCUAUUAUUUGCUAAGCAGAGCAAGGAGCAGUAGUAGAAACAACCGCAGCAAAUCAUUAUGUUACAAGUUUUCUAGCAGCCAGCCAAAUCAUAGCCAUCCAUCGGCCCCCUUCCACGCUUAAAACCCACAAAUCCUCUUUUCACAAAUCCAUCCUCCAAAAGCUUUCUUAC